AUGACACGAUGUAAAAAGUGCUGCAUAAACUCGUUCCUUGUUUACUUUUUCCUGCUAUUAUGUUAUAUGUCCUUCUCCACAGCUUGGAUUUUCAGUGUUAUUUCAGGCAAUGAUAUUAACUCACCGAUCCUUUGGAAACUGGCAAAUACAGCAUCGUAUCUUAACUCAGCUCUGAACCCAUUUCUUUAUUAUAUUAAAGUUCACACGGCAACCAGGUGGACAAUCAGACAUAGUUUGAAGCUACACUGGUUUGCAGAUUUAAUGAAUGUAACCGAAGAAGUUACAAUUCAUAGACCCAACGUUUCGACACUCCUGUCUAGUGCCACCUGAUGAAGGCACUAGACAGGAGUGUCGAAACGUUGGGUCUAUGAAUUGUAACUUCUUCGGUUACAUUCAUUAAAUCUGCAAACCAGUGUAGCUUCAAACUAUGUCCCAUUUCUUUAUUGUUGGCGACUCCCUGUCAUGCGUUAACUGGUCAUGAUUUCAUUAAGAAGACUUAUUCGCCCAAACUAAGGCGUCCACUGUAUAAGGUACCAUAGAAACGGAUGUACCUUUGUGAUAUAUUCAUUUGUCACGUCGACGAUUUUUUUUUACCCUAUUGAAAUUCAUGAAUAUCAAAUAUGUCAUGAUUCCGGAUUGAAACAGCUUUUUUCGCGCUUACGUUGGUAGACUUCCAAAAUUAUGUUUCUCUUUGUUUGGUUUGUGUCAUGAACACGCAAAGCUGAUGAAAACGCAGCUUUGCCUUAAGCGUGAAGAUGGGAGCAAAUUUAUCUGCUAAGUGAGAAGGCUACCUCUAUAGUUUCUCAGAUGAUCUCCCGCUUGAUAUACUUUAAACUCUUUAAAAGCCAUCUCUUAGAGAGAAGGGUAUUGCUUUGCAGAACUUCCCAACUAGGGGAGAGGUCUUAAAAAAGAGAGAGGACUAAAUAAACAUUCACCGAGAGGCGCAAUUUGAGAAAUUGCUUUCAUCGUCAGCUCUCACCGAAUAAUAACGGAUACCGGCUUGAGAAUGCAUUUCUUUAAUUGCGGAAAGUCUGUCAUAUAUAGCACGAAUAUUACUACAAAAUUUUAAUGCAAAGAAUAUUCCGAAAUGCACGCCAAAUUAGUCCGCAUGCAUAACAAAAUCAUGGUGUAAACUUUUAAACAACAUUACCGUUACAUUAUUAUCGCGCGAUGUGUCUUUAUUUUAGAGUUUUUGUUUCGGGGAGGGGAGAGGAAUGGCGUAUUAAAGAAAGGCUGAAUAUAACGUGUUUAGAUCUCACGAUGUUCGCAGCUGUGCCAUAAACAUUUAAUGUAGCUUUCCCACACGUCGACUGUUCUUGGUCAAACUGAUCUUCAUUCGGGCUUUUGGACAACACCGACACCAAGCUCGAGGAACAGACAAACAAAUCAUAUCAUCAUUAGAACAACCCAGCCUCGUAUACGUAGUAACAAGUGAAAUUCGAGUAUUUAAUUGUUUAGGUAAAUUAUGAAUGAUAACUUUUCCUUAGAAAACUCAGGGAUCGUAAACAUGACAGUGCUAAACAACGAUCUGCGCCGAAAUUUAGUCAUGGUUGAUCAUGAAAACGUUCCACACCUCUUCAUCGUCCUCAAUUUCACCGUCAACAUCAUUCUAAUGAUAAUAUCGAUCCUAACAAACAUCUUGGUGAUAACAGCAGUGUGGAAAACGCCAUCCUUGCGCUACCCGUCAAUUUUAUUACUUUGUGGUCUUGCAUUGUCUGAUGUUACCGUUGGUUUGGUUGUGGAGCCCUUAUUUAUUGCCGUGGAACUGUUAUUACUUCGUGGUUAUCAGGAUAUCGAUGUUUGUAGGCUAACAACGGCAUUUGUUUUCAGCGCAUAUUUUGUUUGUGGAGUUUCCAUUUUAAAUGUCCUACUAACUAACGUAGAUAGAUUCCUAGCGAUUCACUAUCCACUGAGGUAUGACACUAUCGUAACUGUCCCUCGUGUUUUUUCCCUCAUAAUUUCGUGUUGGCUUAUAAUUGCUUUAGGUACGACUUUAUGGUUAUGGCAUGAGACGGCAUUUGAGUAUGUGGUUAAUGCAUUCAUGAUAGCGUUUGUCAGCACAUCAACAGUCAUCCAAAUUAUGAUCUACCGAGUAAUUCGCCGACACAGAAGAGAAAUCCAUGCUCAAGAAGAGGCAAUAGGCAUAAAACAUCAUUUCAAUAUGAGACACUUCAUAAAAAGUUGCAUGAAUACAAUCUUUGUGUACUAUCUCUUAAUAUUCUGUUACUUGCCCUUUCUCGUAGCUAAGACUGUGUACUCUGUUUCAAAGGGGAAUAUUAGUUCACCGAUAGUUUGGAAACUGGCGCACACAGCAGUAUUCUUAAACUCAGCUCUAAAUCCUUUCCUUUACUGCUGGCGACUCCAAGCUAUUCGGAAUCCUGUCAAGCUUUUACUCAGGAAGAUUCUCUGCCCCAACAGAGUCGCUUCGGCUUUAAACCGUAGUGUAUAGCAGGUUAAAACAAUUUGAUAAUGUAAGACUUUGUUUUAUUCAACUUUAUCUCAUCACUAACAUUUCCUCAUUUAUUGAGGGUUUCUUGGGAAGCUGUCAAAAGGCGAUCCCUUUCCUUGAAACAUCACUGAAAGAUAGAGAUCCUUGCCUAUUUCAUCUCAAAUAGAUUUAAAUGUAAUUGUUCGAAAUGCUUUUUGUUAGAUGCAAUCGCAUGAAUUUGUUAAAAUGCAUCGGUGCUCAUUUGCAUCAACUUGCUCUAGGGCGUAAAACGAGAACUAAGACAGAAGUCCUAUUUUACGGCAUGUAAAAACAUCGAUAGGUUACAAACUAUUUUGAUCUCUAAUAUCGGCGAAUUCUCAAAACAAAUAUGUCUGUUAUAUAAAUUUAGACACGAAAUAAGUGACAUUAGCCGUAUGAACAAAGAUUCGUGGUAUUAAUUAAUGCUAUGCAAAAUAAUAAAAUCAAGAAAUAAAGCCUUCAAAAAGUAUAUUUGGUGUCGGAGCCUUUGUCUAUCACGACGAAAUUUACAUGAAUGUCGUAAAGGAAAAGAAUACAAUCCCAGCUUGAAACGACUCUUUCUCUCACAUGCACCGCUAAGCUUCCACGAAAUAAUUUUUGUUUGUUUGAUUAGAGUCACAAACACACAAAGCUUGUUGGGGAAACGCCACUUCGCCUCCGAGAGAGGGUUUUAGUAGGGUACGAUUGUAAACUUGUGUAAACACGCUCCUUUUAACUAUCUCGUAAUAUUGUUAUAUUGAAAUAUUGUAUGCUCGUAAUUAUGUUACUUGCCCCAUCACGGGGCCAUAACUUUGAAAACUAUCUCAGAGAGUGAGGUUAGUUCACCUAGGGUUUAUAAACUGACAACUGCAGUGGUAUUUCUUAACUAAGCUCUGAAUCCGCUCCUUUACUGCUGGCGAUCUCCAGCCAUGCGGAAUUCUGUUAAACGGUUAGUUAGGAAGAUUUUUUCCACCAAAAUUGUCGCCACGGCAUAAAACAGCAGUGUGUAACAGAUUAAAGUGUCUUUAAGGAUCCGUGGCGGCGGCUUCAAUCACCAGCUUAAAAGGUAAUCUGUUACAGCUGAGGUAUAUUUCAUGAGAAUGUCUUAUUGUGGUUGAGUGUUUCAAAACCAAGACCAAAAUAGCAAUUUGAUACUGUUUUACUUUACUCUAGAUCUUUUGAAAAUUUCACUCGUAAUCAACUUAGCUGAUGGCGUGAGAAGCUUAAACGGUUGGGUUAACUAUGAAACUGAGUUUUCGGUAAUUACAGAAAGGAAAGGAUCCUUCAAAACCUUGAGCAUCUAUUUUCUAUAACUGUUGUCAAAUGAAUAUUUUAAAUUCUUUCAAGUUUUCCUUUUUUUCUAAUUUUGAGCAACCAAUUCAAUUUUCAAGAUGCUUCGAGGAUCAUGUUGUUGAUUGACGUAUGGAAAUUUCAUGGGAACAUACAUGCAUUCAUCAAAUGGGACAAUAAAAAAUAGUUCAGCCCUGGAAUUUUGAGUUGAAUUAUGGCUUUCUUAAAUUCGACUUUAUCAUAUCAUAAUAUUAUGUAUUCAUUUAGCAGAGGUUUCUUCAAUCGUAUGAAAAGAAGAUCCGCUAUACAAUGUUGUUGAAAAGAUAUAGUUUUUCCUUAUUUUAACCCAAACACAUGUGCAUAUGACUGUUCGAUAUGCUUUUAAUCACAUAUGAUGGCGUAAAUUCAUUAGAAUAGCAUCGUUGUUUUGCUGGCAUCAAGCAACUCUUGCUUUGGGGCGUCAGGGGAAAAGAGAGCUGUUCUUAAGACAAGAAUGACUGUAUUUCUUAUGUCGGCUGAUUCCCAGAAAAAAUACGACUGUUACAUAAAUUUAGACAUGAAGUAAAAUACUUCUAGCAAGGAAGCCCACAAACAGUGUAAUUGGUUUCGCGGCCUUUUUCUAUCACAACGAAAUUAUAAAUGUUAGAAAGGAAACGAAUACGAUCCCAGCUUGAAACACCUUUCUUUCGCGCUUCCGUCUCCAGGCUUCCAAGAAAUAAUUUUUGUUUGUUUGAUAAGCGUCACCAAUACACAAAGCACGCAUGGAAAAACAUCACUUAGCCUCAAGAGAGAGGCCAAAUGAGGCACGAUUGAAAAUAACUCUUUUUGAUUGUAGACAGUUACAUCUGUUCGGUAUUGAAGGUUUGCCAUUAAUUUUUUUUUUGGAAUGACAGUUUUUUUCAUUUAAGGGCUACCAUUUUGCGAAUAUUUGAAUAAACCGAUGUAAUUUAAAUUGCUAAAUUCAAAUUCAAAUUGAAGCGCUAAAAAAGUGGCACCUUCAAAACAUGGAUACACCUUGCUUAUAUAUUUCAGUUAUAACUGUUUUCUCGGUCUCUCUUUCCUAUACACAACUGCAGAAUUCUUCUCGCUGCCAUAGGCACCGCGGAUUACGACGUGUAUAAUAUGUAAUAGUUUACGAGACCAUAGGAAUACACGGAAGACAAGCGUUUUGUUUUGUUCAAUUCCCUGAAGAAACCUAAGUUAGUCGGGUGUGAAGCUUUGGAAUAAUCAGCGGCUGUUUACCUAUAGAUUCAGCUUUUUAUUCCUGUAAUGAAAAAAAGUACAUUUUUCUCCUAGAAGGUCUCCAGAGAAAACUUAGAUCUCUUGAGGCUUUAAGAGUGAAUUAAGAACCAACAAGCCAUCUUGAGGGAGCGGGGGAAUAUUAGUCCGUAGGAAUUCCAGAUUAGGAUAGGGGGAUUGUUCGACAAAAAACUCGCUUUUUAUCAACUGUAAGUCAUCGUUUUCCUUAACAUUUGUCGCCCAGCUUUAACGAAUUUGCAAAGAAUCUGAAUCUACUUCGGACACGGACACUAAUACAAGAUAAAAUACAAUAUUUCAAAUACAAUAUGGGCUGAGCCAAACCCCGAUCUAGGCCGAAUAUAUCACAAUAUUACGGAAUACACGGUUAAAUAACACUAUCGUUGCAUUAUUAUCUUGCAAUGUUUCGGUUUUUGAGUCUUGCUUUGGGGAGGGCAGAGGGGAUAAUUUUUUUUUAAAAAAAAGGGCUUACUGAAACAUUUCUAGAACUAAUGAUGUUCGCAGCUGUGUCAUAAAGAUCUCGCGUUCUUUUCCUACUGAACGUAAGACGAGGCAUGUCAAUACCAUCAAUACAAAAUGCCCAUUCUGGAUUAAGUUGAAUAUUGGGAAAUCACUUUUUUUCUGUCACUCAACCGCCACAGAAGAGAAAUCCAGGCUCAGGAACAGGCAAUACACAUAACACACCACUUCAACUUAGUGCAGUUCACUAAAACAUGCGUUAACACGUUCCUUGUGUACUAUGUCGUAAUACUGUGUUACUUGCCGUAUUUCAUCGCUUGUAUUUUGAGCUCUAAAGACAAUAACGCUAUUUCGCCGCUGGUCUGGAAACUGGUGCUAACAGCAGUGUUUUUAAACUCAGCUCUGAAUCCGUUCCUUUACUGCUGGCGACUCCCAGCUAUAAGAGGUCCCGUUAUGCUUUUAGUCAGGAAGAUUAUCUGCCUCAAGGAAGUCAACUCGGGGUAAAACUGAGGUAUAUAACCAAAGAAGAUAUUCUGCAAACUCCAAGCAACGGUUUUUAAUCAUUAAAUUCAGAAAAAAAAAUAAGGUUAUUACGGGCGCGUUUGUAAUUAUCUCAGUCAGAAAAAUGAAAGGGCUAGACAAAGUCUAGAGCACUUACAUACAAGUAUUUGUCUCUUAAUACGAUACUAGAAAAUCUUUGACUCUUCUGUAUUAGUAGUUUGAAAUUUAGUUAACCAAUUUCCCUACCAAAAUGUUGGAAAAAAAUUUAAAAGUCAAAUCAUGCAUUAAAUAUAUGCAUGCACUGAUAAAAGGAAAAACAUUGUUUAUAAUCAUCCUUUGAGUGGCGAGUCAUACAGAAGCUUACCAAAAUCUAUUUUCGUUUUAUUGAUUACAUCACACUUCCUUUUUCUUAGGAGGAGAUCUUCCUUAUUACAGAGUAACUGAACAUACACAAGUCCUUGCUCAUGUAAUCUCAAACACAUUUUAAAGACUGAGUAAGGUAGAGUGUGUUUUCAAGCAUCAGCAUAAGUUCAUCAGAGAUGCAUUGCUUUUCAUUUCGCAUCGUGCGUGUCAUGAUUUCGGGCUUGAAAAGAAGACACUUUUUGCGACAGAAAACUUAAAUUUGCUGAUUCCUAUGAAAGAUUUGUGUACCAUAGAUUUGGUAUUUGGUAAACAUUUUUAACUUAGCCACUGAAAAAUCAUUUUUAAUGAAAGUUCGUCAGUUUAAUGAUACUAUACUGGUCUUAACGUACUAUAUGUACUAUUAACUAAAAGUGCUCUAGAGUAUUAGCACACCGAUUACUCUGAAAAUAAAAAAGUUUUAUAUAAAGAAGUGCAAAAUCUAUCACAAUAAAGAAACGGUAGUUUGAUCAGAAUUUUUCAAAUCAUUGGUGCAAAAAUCUAGCUUUGAUCCUCACUUUAAGAUAAGAGAGGGUGUGGUCCUUUCAAAGUGGUUUUGCUACGUUUAAUCGAUAAACUGCAUAUUUGCAUAGUUUAAAAUCACGACCGGCUUUAGUAGUCCAAAGUAUUCUCUUUCAUCUUAACUCUCAACUCUCAGCUCUCUUUUUCGGAGCCUGGGUACGACAUUUCGGUGAGCUACUGCUUGGUUAUCUUUGCCAACCCACUCGUGGAAUUAAAAAUUUGAUCAUAUUUGAUGUUUUUCCAUCGUAAGAUCUGCCAACUAGCUUUGUUACCUUUCCCUCCAGGCUUUGACAUAUCAAACUUUUACAACACCUUUCAAGAUUGUAUCACUUUGCGAUAAAACCUUUCGCUUUCAAUAUGACAUGCGUUCUAGGUCUAUGUAACAAUGUAACAGGCUCCGGUCCAGAUUUAAACAAAAGGAACUUUCCGAAGUCUCCUCUACGAUUCGUUCAAGCUUCUGAAUGAUACUCGCUGAAAGAACCAUUUGCAAGUUUCCUGAUGAUGUUACAACUGUUCCCGAUUAAAAGCAAAGGAACUUUCUGAAGUCGGCUCUACGAUUUGUUCAAGAUACUACAUUGCGUGAAGAACCGUCAGCAGAUUCCUUGAUCACCGACCUUUGAUUCACAGUACGUAAACCAGUAGAUAACAUUGAAUAUUGCAAAAAGUAGAGGAAAGGCAACCCGUGAAUAGCUCUCCAGUGAUUUGUAAUUGAACUGGAUAUAGAACAAUUUGGCCUCUUGCACGAUAGACUUGUGCCUAAGGGUGUGUCCCCUUUCCUCAUUACUGCAUAACGUUACAGGAAGUUUUACAGUGCUUGAGCUGACAGUUUUUCAUCAAAGGCUACCAUUUUGUACAUACAGUUGAACCUGUAUUAAGCAGCGUCGUAUUAAACGGUCACCAGCUGUAAAAAGUGGUCGUUUUUCAAAGUCCCGAACUGAUUAUUUUCCCCAUAAUCACGGCGAUUUCUGACGCAGCUGUGUGUCUGUCAUGUUAUUUUACAGUUGUAGUGUUUACAUAAGCGACGUUUUAGGGCAAUACUUCGUGUACCGGGGUUCACGUGUCCUGCUCGUGAGAACAACACGUGUUUUAAAGUUGGGAAUAGAAAAUCUGUCUUUUGUGAACGUAGGACUAGAGUUUACUUCAAUUUCCACCUCUAUUAAGUGGUAGUGAUCACCUUUUACUAAAUCCCAACGGCAUGUUUUAGUCUCCCGCGGUCCCGCCUGUAUUGGACGUUCAAUUAAAACGGAAUCAUUCAAACAAAAAUAAAAAUGUUUGAAGUUGAUUUUAAUCAAGUUUCUCUCCUCAAAGUCCGUAAACAUUGCCAUCAUUCGUAGCGGCCCUACAUAUGCAAACGUUAUUAGAGCAACUUAUUUGGGAAAAUGGCUGAAAGAAAAUUUCCGAGUUGCUUUUCUGACCCAAAAUUCACUCUUAGCAUCCAUCACUCAAUCACUCCUUCUAUACACUUCUUCUUGUAAGUCCUGUUCGCUAGCGUGUAAGACUUUCGCAUGUUCAGUUUGAAUUCUUGUAUGGGGCUAAACUGAUAGCUAAGAAUUGGCCAAAAUUUUCGCGGUCUAUCAUGAAAUAACGUGUAUUUGACCGAGGGCUAAGAUCUGGGACCAGAAACUAUUACUGAUGGAUGAAAAAUCGAUCGAAAUUAAUACUGAGUGCAUAAUGUCUCAAUCAAGGUUUAAACGAAUCUUGUGCAAACGAGGCGUUCCAAUAAACGUACUUUCGAGGGCGACAAGUUGUCUUACAUUUCAAUAUUUAGAGGUCUUGUUUUUAAACCUUGUUGAUCCGGAAUUUGAAUACUCGAUCACCGAAAAAGAAACAAUGUUGAUGAACUUCAGUCUAGAAUGAUGGCUUUUAAAUGGCCUCUAAUUAACAUGCCGAUUUCUACUCAGAAAAAGGUUACGUGGUGGAUGAAAAGAGAAAAAAAAAUUGCCUUUGAAGAAUGUAUCCAAAAAAAUUAGUGAAAAAGAAAAGGAAAAAAAAAUCGCUACCUUCUGGAGUUGAUCCCUCGACCUUUUGCUUGCGGGGAGAAGCACUAGGUAAGAAAUGACGUGGCCAACAUCCAUUUUGACUUUCACGUUUGUUCGUAUCGUUUGCAAGUGGGUGCUUUAAUUAAAAUAAUAAUAAUAAUAAUAAUGAUAAUUAUAAUUAUAAGGAUUUAUUGACAGUAUUUCUACAUGAUAGCAAUUUUUGGAGGAAUUGGUAACAUGUCAUCACUGCACCACUAGUUUCAUUUUUGACCUCAUGAUGUUUGCAGCUGUCCUAAAGAUUUCGUGUUCUUUUCCUACUCGUUGGCUAUUGACUUUGUUAUUGUUCUGGGACGAAGAAGCGCUAAGCAAGGCAUGUCAAUACAAUCAUUACCAACUACCCAUCCCAGAUAAGUUUCAAUUGAGAAAUCACUCUUUCUUGCCAUAAAACAUGAUGGAAAACUUUCCCACUAACAACUCCGGUAUCGCAAACAAAACGCUUAACGACGGUUUAUGUCAUCGCUACACCGCAUUCGAAAAUGAAAACACUCCAAAUCUCCUCAUCGUCCUCAAUUCCACUGUGAACAUUAUCCUAAUGAUAGUAUCGAUCAUAGCAAACAGCUUGGUGAUAGCAGCAGUGUGGAAAACGCCUUCCUUACGGUAUCCUUCAAAUUUAUUUCUUUGUAAUCUGGCAUUGUCUGAUGUUAUUGUUGGUUUGAUCGUAGAGCCAUUUUAUCUCACCGUAGAAUUGUUAAAAAUGCAUGGUUACCCAAAAGGGGAUGAUUGUACAUUGGAAACGGCAUUUUCAGUGAUUACAUUCCUAGUUUGUGGAGUUUCGUUUGGAAACGUGACUCUUGUAAGCAUGGUUAGAUACAUGGCAAUCCACUAUCCACUGAGGUAUGACACCAUUGUUACUAUCCCGCGGGUAUACGUUCUCAUAAUUUCGUGUUGGGUUCUCAACGCUUUUUUUUCUACUAUUUUUCCGUGGAAUGAAGUCGUUUUUGGGUAUCUGGUGACAGUUGUUUGCGCAAUAUUCCUGACAAUGUCAACAUUUAUCCAUAUCAAGAUCUACCGAAUCGUCCGCCGCCAUAGAGGUGUGAUUCAAGCUCAAGAACAGGCAGUCCAUUCGACCAACACGGAGUUUAAUAUGACGGGUUUUAAAAAAACUGCCUUAAACACGUCCAUUGUGCUCUUUUUCUUACUGAUAUGUUACCUGCCUUUCACUGUAGCCUGCAUUCUACUAAUUUUGACAGACGAGUCACCUAUCCUUUGGAGAGUAGCUUCCACAACAGUGUAUUUAAACUCAGCACUCAAUCCGUUUCUUUAUUGUUGGCGACUCUCAGCUUUGAGAGGUCCAGUUAUAACUCUGCUUAAGAAGAUUUUCUGCCCUUUUAAAACCUCCUCAUCAUGUAUUUUUGGCAACUAGACUGCUCAUGAAUUUAACUGUGGUGUUUAAAUUUUAAGCUUUAUCUUUGUAAGCUGGAAAAGGUAUUUUUAGUUUGUGGAGUUUCGAAUUUAAAUGUAACAUUCACUGAUGUGGAUAGAUUCUCAGAGGUUCAUUAUCCGCUAAGGCAGGACACCAUCGUUACCAUCCCACGUGUUUUUUCCCUGAUUAGUUCGAGUUGGCGUUUGAAUACUUUUUUCGACUUUAUUCCUGUGGCAUAUGACAGCAAUUUUAUAUCUGGAAACAGCUUUAAUCGCAACUUUCCUCAGUGCGUUUUCAGCCAUCCAGAUAAAGGUCUUCCGAAUUAUCCUUCGCCACAGAAGGGAAAUCCAAGCGCAAGCGCAAGAAUCAAAGUGCUCUGUGAGGAAAUUCGUGAAUUGACACAUGAUAACAAAGUAACGUUGGGAUAUGAAGGCAUUACAAUUGAAAUGAUCAUGCCAUUACAUUUGACAAGGGUGGAUGAUGUCAUGUGUUUUAAACGUAUAUCAUUUUUGUUUCUGGUUCAAAAGAAAAGGUUGGAAGUAAAUGUGGGUGAAAAGUGAAAUUUACUCUCUGUCAUUGUAAAUAUUAGAAAACCAAGGCAAUACUGUCUUAAUGAAAACAUUAACGAUUCCCUCUUUAUUAAUUAAAUGAGACAAACGGGAACGAGUUUUGAGUGAUAUAACUAAGCCAAGACUGCCACCGUCAUUUGGGAUCUCCGCCUGGGUAGAUUUUAGUCACGUGCUAAGCAACGUAUAAUCAAGAACAAGAUAGAAUUUCAUUUCAGGCCUAUUUAUCAAUUUUGUGGUGUAUAAUUUCGCAUUUUAGUACGUAAUAUUUAUUUUGAAUCUUCAAAUUGUCUUGAAACAUAAAAGAAAAUUGUUCUUUAAAAAUUCACCGAAAAUCGGUAGCUAAAAUUGUUUGUUUAGGUGUUAUUUGAUUUUCGUGAUAACUUGUAAUUUCGUCAGUCGCCGGCAUCUUUUGUUGCUUCACAUAGGAAAAACACACGAUACGAAACGUAAUGAUCGAUUAUGUCCUCAAUCUCACGCCAUAACAGAAAAAGCUUUUGAACAUCUGUAAACUCCGAGCGCUUCGCAGUAAGUUAUAUUUUCAAUGAAUCUUCGGAUUUUUUUCAAGUUCAAGGAUUGUAAAUUACAAUUUGAUGAAAAACGAAGGUUGUUCUGUUAUUUCAUUCUGAAUCCUCGCAUGCCUGCCAGUCGCUGGCGCCGCUUGUUGAAACUAAAACGAAAAAAAAACUAUUUUAAGAUUAUCAUUGGCUCCUUUUUCACCCCACCACUAUUCUUAGCAACAAAGGUCGCCAUUUGGUUUGUUUAUUGCUCGCCAAAAACUAUCAAAUGCACUCAAAAGCCUAAAAUCGAAAAGAAGUUUACAGGAAUCGACCAAUCGAGCGAGCGAGCGAGUGCCAUUCUCCACAUCAUAUCUACAACUUGUAGAGUUGUAGAUAUGAGAUCGAGUUAAAAAGGAGUACAAAAAAAACACAUCAGGUCAAUAUGGCGCGCUUUAUGAAAACUUGUAUAAACACGCUCCUUGUUAACUAUCUCGAAAUGUUGUUACUUGCCUCAUCUCGAAGUUAUAACUUUGAAAACUAACUCAGAGAGUAAGGUUAGUUCACCCAGUGUUGAUAAACUGACAACUACUGUGAUAUUUCUUAACUAAGCUCUGAAUCCACUCCUUCACUGUUGGCGACUCCCACGACUUAAACGGUUGGGUUAAAUACGAAACGGAGUUUUUCAGUAAUUACAGAAAGGAAAGGUUCAUUCAAAACCUUGAGCAUCUAUUCUCUAUAACUGUUGUUAAAUGAAUAUAUUAAAUUCUUUCAAAUUUUCCUUUUUUUCCAAUUGUGAGCAACCAAUUCAAUUUUCAAGAUGCUGCGAGGAUCAUGUUGCCAAUUGAUGUAUGGAAAUUUUGAAACUGGAACUGAGGGGAAACAUAUAUGCAUUUAUCAAAUGGAACAAUCAAAAAUAGUUCAGUCCAAGAAUUUUGAGUAAAAUUAUGGCUUUCUUAAAUUCAACUUUAUUAUAUCAUAAUAUUAUUUAUUCCUUUAGUAGAAGUUUCUUCAAUCGAUGUGAAAAGAAGAUGCCCUAUACAAUGUUAUUGACAAGAUAUAGAUUCUUGCUUAUUUGAACUCAAACACAUGCGCAUACGAAUGUUCGAUAUGCUUUUAAUCAAAUAUGAUAGCAUAAAUUCACUAGAGUAGCAUCGUUGUUUUGCUGGCAUCAAGCAUCUCUUGCUUUGGGACGUCAAGGGGAAAGAGAACUGUUCUUAAGACAAGAAUGACUGUAUUUCUUAUGUCGGCUGAUUCCCAGAAAAAUAUGUCUGUUACAUAAAUUUAGACAUAAAGUAAACUAUAAUCAGCAGCUGUUCACCUAUAGAUUCAGCUUUUUAUUCCUUUAAUAAAAAAGUACAUUUUUGUCCUAAUAGGUCUCCAGAGAAAACAAAGAUCUCCUAAGGCUGUAAGAGUGAGUUAAGAACCAAAAAGCUAUCUUGAGGGAGAGGGGGAAGUAGAAAUAAUGAAAUGUAGAAAUUCCAGAUGAGGGGAGGGGGGUGGUUCGAGAGGAGGCUUCAUAAAAAACUGUCUUAGUUUCAACUGAGAGUCAUUGUUUUCCUUCACAAAUUUCGGCCAGCUUUAAUGAAUACCACAAAAAAUCUGAAUAUAAUUCGUUUGAAGGGCGUACGUUAUUUGACACGGACUCUAAUACAAGAUUUAAAAUGUAAAUAUGGGCUGAUCGAGCCAAACCCUAAUCUAGGCUGAAUGUAUCACAAUUUUACGGUAUAGUGUAAACAGUUAAAUAAUAAUAUUACCAUAUUAUCUUUCAAUUUUUCAGUUUUUGAGUUUUGCUUGGGGGAGUGGAGAGGGGAGAAUUAUUUUAUAAAAAGGGCUUACUAAAACAUUCUAGAACUAACGAACUAAUGAUGUUCGCAGCUGUGUCAUAAUGAUCUCGUGUCCUUUUCCUACUGAACGUAAGACGAGGCAUAUUAAUACCAUCAGUACAAAAUGCCCAUCACGUAUUAGUUAAAUAUUGACAAAUCACUCUUUUUUUGUCAUAAAAUAUGAUGGAAAACUUUUUCACGAACAACUCUGGUAUCGUAAACAAAACGCUUGACGACAGUUUAUGUCAUCGCCACAUCACAUUCGAAAAUGAAAACACUCCACAUCUUUUCAUCGUCCUCAAUUCCACCGCGAACAUCAUCCUGAUGAUAGUAUCGAUCAUAGCAAACAGCUUGGUGAUAGCAGCAGUGUGGAAAACGCCUUCCUUACGGUAUCCUUCAAUUUUGUUUCUUUGUAAUCUGGCAUUGUCUGAUGUUAUUGUUGGUUUGGUGGUAGAGCCUUUAUUUAUCACGGUGGAAUUGUUAAAACUUCAUGGUUAUCCAAAAGGAGAUAAUUGUAGGCUGCAUACGGCAUUUAUCACCAUUGGACGUUUAGUUGGAGAGGUUUCGUUUGCGACCGUAACUCUUACAAGCGUGGAUAGAUUCCUAGCAAUUCACUAUCCCCUGAGGUACGACACCAUCGUCACUAAAUCUCGGGCAUACUUUAUCGUUAUUUCUUGUUGGGUCGUCUGUGCUUUUUGUUCUAGUUUGAACCACUGGAGCUGGACGGCAUAUAGUUGUGUAGUAAUCGUUUUCAUGGCAGUGUUUCUCGGUAUAUCUACAGUCAUCCAAAUUAAGAUCUAUCGAAUCGUCCGCCGCCACAGAAGAGAAAUCCAGGCUCAGGAACAAGCAGUACACAUAACACACCAUUUCAACUUGGUGCAGUUCACUAAAUCAUGCGUUAACACGUUCCUUGUGUACUGUGUCGUAUUACUGUGUUACUUGCCGUUUUUCAUCGUUUGUAUUUUGAGCUCUAUAGACGAUAAGGCCAUUUCGCCGCUAGUGUGGAAACUGGUUCACACAGCUAUGUUUCUAAACUCAGCUCUGAAUCCGUUCCUUUACUGCUGGCGACUCCCAGCUAUAAGAGGUCCCGUUAUGCUUUUAGUCAGGAAGAUUUUCUGCCCCAAGAAAGUCACCACGGGGUAG